GGGCUGUGGCGCGGGACGCGAGCACUGGCGCUCACCGCGCCUCCUGCGGGGGACACUGCCUGGACUGCUGAACUCUGUUUGCUGAGCCUGGACUCCCAGCAGGCACUACAGUGAUGGAGUACAUGAGCACUGGAAGUGACGAGAAAGAAGAAAUUGAUUUAUUAAUUAAGCAUUUAAACGUGUCAGAAGUCAUAGACAUAAUGGAGAACCUUUAUGCAAGUGAAGAGCCAGGAGUGUAUGAGCCCAGUCUGAUGACCAUGUAUCCAGACAGCAAUCAAAAUGAGGAACGUUCGGAGUCACUGCUUCGGAGUGGCCAGGAGGUUCCCUGGCUGUCAUCUGUCAGAUAUGGGACCGUGGAGGAUCUGCUUGCAUUUGCAAACCAUGUCUCCAAUAUGACAAAGCAUUUUUAUGGACGUCGACCACAAGAAUGUGGAAUUUUAUUAAAUAUGGUAUGUUUCUUCUCAUCAGUUGAGUGCUGUGUGCUCUGCUUUGCUGGUAGUGCUUCAUUGAAUGCACAGUGGCAUUGAACUUGGCUUAAGAAUGGCUGCCAGACACAAGUUACUGUAUCUGGUUACUGGUAAUCAGUCCCCAGAAUGGCCGCUACCAAAUCGAUUCGGAUGUUCUCCUUGUUCCUUGGAAGCUGACAUACAGGAACAUCGGCUCUGGUUUCGUUCCUCGGGGGGCCUUUGGAAAAGUAUACUUAGCCCAAGACAUGAAGACAAAGAAAAGAAUGGCGUGCAAACUGAUCCCUAUAGAUCAGUUUAAGCCAUCGGAUGUGGAAAUCCAGGCCUGUUUCCGGCAUGAGAACAUUGCUGAGUUAUAUGGUGCCGUCCUAUGGGGCGAUACUGUCCAUCUCUUUAUGGAAGCCGGCGAGGGAGGGUCUGUUCUGGAGAAACUGGAGAGUUGUGGGCCCAUGAGAGAAUUUGAAAUUAUUUGGGUGACGAAGCACAUUCUCAAGGGACUUGAUUUUCUGCACUCCAAGAAAGUGAUCCACCAUGAUAUUAAACCUAGCAACAUUGUAUUCAUGUCUACAAAAGCUGUUUUGGUAGAUUUUGGCCUGAGUGUUAAGAUGACUGAAGAUGUCUAUCUUCCCAAGGACCUCCGGGGAACAGAGAUAUACAUGAGCCCAGAGGUGAUCCUAUGUCGGGGCCAUUCCACAAAAGCCGACAUCUACAGCCUUGGAGCCACACUCAUCCACAUGCAGACAGGCACCCCACCCUGGGUGAAGCGCUACCCUCGAUCAGCCUAUCCCUCCUACCUAUACAUUAUCCACAAGCAGGCACCUCCCCUGGAAGACAUCGCUGGUGACUGCAGUCCAGGCAUGAGGGAGCUGAUAGAAGCUGCCCUGGAGAGGAACCCCAACCACCGCCCCAAAGCAGCAGACCUACUGAAACAUGAAGCCCUGAAUCCCCCAAGAGAGGACCAGCCACGAUGUCAGAGUCUGGACUCUGCCCUCUUUGAACGGAAGAGGCUGCUGAGCAGGAAGGAACUACAACUUCCUGAGAACAUUGCUGAUUCAUCAUGCACAGGCAGCACCGAAGAGUCUGAAGUGCUCAGGAGACAGCGUUCCCUCUACAUUGACCUCGGAGCUCUGGCUGGCUACUUCAAUAUUGUUCGUGGGCCACCAACCCUGGAAUACGGCUGAUGGAUGGCUUUGUUGGCAACAAAACAGGAUAUUUCUCUCCUGAAUGUUGGUUUUGCAGACCCUACACAGCGGCCCUGGAUAGUGAAUUUUACCCAGGUUUUUAGGGGUCAAGGAGGCCUCUAGUGACACAGGAACAGCUGUGGCCCUUUUUUGAAGCUACUCUGACAUGUCCCAGAGCCCAAGGUUCUCAUUUCUCAGGUGGUGGGACUAGACAGAGGGAGUGGCAAGCUCAGGGAAGGAUCAUUUCUGGUGAUAAUUCCAUUCACUUUGCACUUUGAUGGGCAUUAAAAAAAAUAGCCCUCACAAGAUAGUAACCUCAAAUUCCUGUUCUUGGUUCUUAUUUAAGCAUGGGUCUUCAUUCAACUCAGAAGGCCUGAUCUGUGUAUAUUCUGGUGUGUAUUGUAUGGUAGCUCUUUGAGCCUUGGUUGGUCGACUCUAGUGUAAGUUUAAUUAAUUGUAUAUUGUGUGAAUAGAACAACUUAAAUAUUACAGCAAUACACUGGGCUAGUGUCUCACAAAUAACUGAUUUACUCAGAGCCACCUGACAGCAGGCCACUAGUGACAGUUUCUGUUAUGUUCCUAUGGAAACACUGUACUGUACAUACUAUGCUUAAAACAUUUAAAACACAAUGUUUUAAAUGUGGACAGAACUGUGUAAACCACAUAAUUUCUGUACAUCCCAAAGGAUGAGAAGUGUGACCUUCAAGAAAAUGGAAAUAUUUGUAAAUUCUUGGUAAUGCCUCCGUUGUAAUUAAUGAAACUAUUUUCUUUAAAGUGUUUCUAUGUUAAAAUAGCAUACUGUGUAUGUUUUAUCCAAAUUCAUUCAUGAAUCUUUCAUAUAUAUAUGCAUAUAUAUACAUAUAUUGUAGAGUGUGAAUAUUCUUAUUUAAAGUAUAUUUUUACAUUAUGCAAAUGAACUUUAACAUUUUAGUCCAAUGUGACUAGUCAAAUAAACCAAAUAAACUGAGUAUUUUGUCUUAA